UUUUUUUUGCACUAUACAAAUUCUUGUUUGUCUUGUAACAAACUUGAGCGUGGACCUCGUCUAUACAUCUUGGAACACAAUUUUCUACAUGAAAUGGAACGUUUUGACAGUGUUUCUCCACGCCUUUAUCCCCUGGUCAACAAAACUGCACUGAUUAACCUGACCCCGGAUGACUUCAUACGUCCCGCAGAGUUUGGCUUGGUCCAGUCAACCCUUCCAAUUCUCCAAGUCCUCUUAAAUUUUGCAGCGUUCAUCGUGUGGAUUGUGAUUGUCGUCUACUUCUGGAAGAUAAUCUAUUACCAAGUGGACGACCCGUAUGCCACCAGCUAUGGAUCUUACCCCGCAAAUUUUAACAAACGUUCCGAUCAAGUAAAAACAUUGUGGGAGAAGGUGUCACACGCGGUGGGAAUCGACUACUAAAACAGAUAAAUUUUGUGUUAACAAACACCUAAAGUGUUAUUUUUACAGGAAUAAAUUCAUACAUCAAUAAUAAAUAAAUUUCAUAAAGUCUAUAAAGAGUA